AUGGCUGGUCGGCCUAAGGACUUUUCAAUGUGGAAUAAUGAAAUGUUAGUGUAUAAAGCUUGGGUCUGUGUUCCUAAUAUUGGUGAACUUAAGAAGGAAAUUCUUGAUGAAGCCCACACCACACCUUAUUCAUUGCAUUCGGAACCACCAAGACGUACCCCCUACUUUUGGUGGUAUGGUAUGAAAAGAGAUGUGGUAGAGUACGUGUCCAAGUGUUUAACUUACCAACAAAUCAAAGCUGAACAUCAGAGAUGGACAAGUUACCAAAGCACGAUAGCGAUGGCUUCUUAUGAGAUGUUGUAUGGUGGGAGAUGUCGCUCCCCAAUUCAUUGGGAUAAAACUGGAGAAAGGAAGUACUUGGGUCCGGAAUUGGUUCAAAAGAGCAAUGAAGUUAUAGAAAAGAUCAAGGCUCGGAUGCUUGCUUUGCAAAGCAGGCAGAAAGGUUAA